AAAACCAACGAUUUCGCGAUUUCACAACUUUCUGUAUUUUUCUUCUUAAAUUUUAUUCUGAAUUAUGUUUCACAGCACCCCUGUAGUAGCGAACAAAUCAAAACGUCGUCGUAAUUCCGAAGAAGAUCUUGACUUUGGAGAUCUCGCAUGUGCUAUCGUUAAAGACGACCAAGAUGACGAAAUAAAGUCUUAUUUGCUCGACGAAGGCAGUUACGGAUCAACUCCUCCCAGCACUUUUGACUAUUCGAACCUCACAUUUUCCGAUUCCAACGAUUAUUCGAGUGAUUUUUCGUUUACGACUCCCGCUCCAGUCGACAGCAUUCGCAAGAAACUCUUGGAACACGAGCGUCAGGAGCUAGAAGGCAUCAAGGAAUUGAACGAGCGUCGGGAUAUUUUUGCAGAUGAUGGAGCUUUAACGGAUGAGGAUGAAAAAAGUGACGAUGAGAAUGAAUUUCGACACAGACCAGACAAGUCGUUGAUCGGCAAAGGCGGAAAACUGGCUGUUGUUAGGAAGUUAGAUGCUGUCGUUUAUGGCAAGGAACCUGAAAAAACCGAAUUUAAUGUUAAUAAUUUGGUGGAAAUGACUUACAAGAGCUUUUCUUUGAACGAAGACCUGAACAACAACAAUUUGGAUGAGGUUGGCGUCUCGGAUGAGGACGAGUUGUGA